GUAAGAUGGACACAGAAUAAAUCUGUUCAGCAGUUAGGAAACCAUAAACAGAAUAAUAAUGAUUUCUGAAGACAACAGUUGUAAUGGAGAGAAAAGCGUUCAGCGGGAGAGAUCAUAUUCACCUGUCCUCAGUGUCUUAUCCAUGAAGAGUGACAAAUCAAUGAAAAUCCCAGUUCAGUUAAACGCUGAAGAGUCUCUGUUUAACCAAAGAUCUGAGGAGAGGUCAGAUUCACCUGUCCCCAGUGUUUUGUCCAUGAAAAGCGACAAAUCAAUGAAAAUACCAAUUCAGAUAAACAGUGAAGAUUCUCUAUUUGAUCAAAGUUCUGAGGAGAGACUACAUUCCCCUGAUCCCAGUGUUUGGUCCCUGAAAAGUGACAAAUCAAUGAAAAUACCAAUUCAGAUAAAGGAUGGAGAUUUUACAUCUGACCAAAGUUCUAAGGCAAGACCACACUCUCCUGAUCCCAGUGUUUGGUCCCUGAAAAGUGACAAAUCAAUGAAAAUACCAAUUCAGAUAAAGGAUGGAGAUUUUACAUCUGACCAAAGUUCUAGGGCAAGACCACAUUCCCCUGAUCCCAGUGUUUGGUCCUUGAAAAGUGACAAAUCCAUGAAAAUACCAAUUCAAAUAAACGAUGGAGAUUCUCUAUUUGAUCAAAGUUCCCUAGCAAUAUUAAAUUCACCUGAUCCCAGUGCAACACAAUUGCCAAUUCACCGGAGAGAUGAAACAAAUCUACCACAUCAGAGAGAUAACACACAAACCUGUUAUCCAGACAUCCAACGAAAAUUGAAAUGUAACAUGAAAAUGAAGCAUCUCUAUAUUUUUGAAGGACUUGCAAGGCAGGGAAACCCAACACUACUGAAUGAGAUCUACACAGAGCUCUGCAUCAUAGAUGGUGGGAAUGGAGAAAUCAACAAUGAGCAUGAAGUUAGGAGGAUAGAAAAAACAUUAAAGUGUGCAGCAGGAGUAACUCUACCAAUUAAAUGCAAAGACAUCUUUAGAGCUUUACCUGGGCAAGACAAAGCCAUCAGAACUGUGCUGACAAAGGGAGUCGCUGGCAUUGGAAAAACUGUCUCUGUGCAGAAGUUCAUCCUGGACUGGGCUGAAGGGAAAGAGAAUCAGGACAUCCAGCUCAUAUUUCCACUUCCUUUCAGAGAGCUCAAUCUUUUAAAGGACAAAAUGCUCAGCCUUUCAGAUCUUCUUCAUGUCUUUUUCCCUGAAAUGAAAGAAAUGGAAAUAUCCAGUGAUGAGUAUAAAGUGUUAUUCAUCUUUGAUGGUCUGGACGAGUGUCGUCUGUCUCUAGAUUUUCAAAGCGACGUGAGGUUGUGUGAUGUGAGUGAAUCAGCCUCAGUGGAUGUGCUGCUGACAAACCUCAUUGCAGGGAAUCUGCUUCCCUCUGCUCUCAUCUGGAUCACCUCCAGACCAGCAGCAGCUGAUCUCAUUCUCUCUGAGUGUGUCCAUCGAGUGACAGAGGUACGAGGCUUCAAUGAGCCACAGAAGGAGAAAUACUUCAGGAAGAGAAUCAGUGAUCGGAGUCUGGCCAACAUGAUCAUCUCACACCUGAAGUCAUCAAGGAGCCUCUACAUCAUGUGCCACAUCCCAGUGUUCUGCUGGAUCUCCGCCACUGUUUUAGAGAAGAUGUUGAGUCGAGCAGAGAGUGGAGAGAUUCCCAAGACUCUCACUCAAAUGUACACACACUUCCUGAUGGCACAGAUUAAAAUCAAAGACACAAAGUAUGAGAAUGAGGACAAAGACGUGGUGGAGAUGAUCUUCAAAUUAGGGACACUGGCAUAUGUGCAACUGGAAAAGGGAAACCUGAUCUUCUACGAGGAAGACCUGAGAGAGUGUGGCAUUGAUGUGACAGAAGCAUCAGUGUACUCAGGAUUGUGCACUCAGAUCUUCAGAGAGGAGUUUGGCUGGUAUCAGGGGAAAGUCUUCUGCUUUGUUCAUCUGAGCAUUCAGGAACAUCUAGCAGCUCUAUAUGUGAUCCUCUCCUUCUACAACAGCAGCAAAAAUGUGCUUGUCGAAGGCAAAGCAAAGGAAUCGGAAAUAAACGUGACAUUGCCAAUCGUACACAAAUGUGCAAUUGAUAAAGCUUUAGAUAGUACGAAUGGACAUCUCGAUCUGUUUCUUCGCUUUCUCAUGGGACUUUCGGUGGAGUCAAAUCAGGUCCUUCUAGAAAGGUUUUUAAAGAAAAGAGCAAUCGUCACCCAGGACACUGUGGAAACUGUUAAGUAUCUCAAGGAAAUGAUAAACAGCAUUUGUCCAGAUAAGAGCGUCCUUAUGUUCCACUGUCUAAAUGAACUUAAUGAUCAUUCUCUAAGUGAUGAAAUCCAAAAGUACAUAGCCUUGGGAAAAGUUAACCAAGACAUCCUGUCCCAAGAACUUGGCUUGGCUCUUUUGUUCAUUUUAAUGACAUCAAAUGAGAACUUUGAUAAGUUUGAACUACAUAAAUAUGGCAAAUCAGAGGUGUUCAUUAGCUGGCUGUAUCCUGUGAUCAGGCUGUCCACAAAAGCUUUGAUGUGCAAUUGUAAUGUCACAGAAAUGGGAUGUUUAAAACUCUCUACACUUCUAUCUUCACAUUCCAAUGUGAGAGAGCUGGAUCUGAGCCACAACAACCUUCAGGACUCAGGAGUAGAAAUACUCUGUGCUGGACCAAAGGAAUCCAACUGUGCAAAAAUAUUAAUUCAGAAAUGGUUCAGCAGUAGACCAUAUAAUCCACGCGAUCAGCAAUUGUUUUAUGACAUUGCAUCUCUCACAACUGGACUACAGGAUGCAGAUUCUAGACUGGAAUCUUUGAACCUGAAGAACUGUGGAGUAACAGACGCAGGCUGUGUUUGCCUGAGCUCAGCUCUGAGCUUAAACCCUUCACAUCUGAAAGUGCUGGAUUUGAGCUGGAAUAAUAUAGGAGAUUCUGGAGUGACUCAUCUCUGUGCUUCUCUGGACAAAGUUCAUUGUGCAUUGGAAAUACUCAAGUUGGACAAAUGUGGAAUCACAGAGAAAAGUUGUGCUGCUCUGGCUUCAGCUCUCAGCUCCUCCAAUCUGACAGAUCUGGAUCUCAGCAUUAAUGAUCUGCAGGACUCAGGUGUGAAGAAGCUCUGUAUCGGACUGCAGAAUCCUUGCUGUAAACUAGAGAAACUGAGGUUGUCCAACUGUAGUAUUACCCAUGAAGGUGUGACAGCAUUGAAUGAAGCUCUGAAAUCAAAUCCUUCCCAUCUGAAAGAAGUUGAUCUGCUGGAAAAUAACCUGGAAGAGUCAGACUUAAAAUUGAUUUGGUAAUAUUACUUAAUAGGCAUAGGAAGACAUCAGCUAUCAAUGUACAACUGUAUUUUUAUCAGCUUACAUAACAAAUAUUAGCACUGUGACAACAUAUUGCUCAUUUUAGUUAAUACAUUAAUGUUAACUAAUAGGACCUUGUAAAGUGUUUACACUUAUAUAGAGGGUUAUAAAGAUACUGUAUGCAGUAAAUGUAAUAAAUUUACAGUAUACUG